UCCAUAUAAACAAUUGCGAUAGUAGUUUUUAACGUUAUUAACGUGUUUUUUCAUUUUUUUUUUUUCUUAAUUUUUUUAAAGAACUGAAAUUAAAAGACAAAGUUUUCUGUGCCGAAAAAUUUAAUUUCGAAGUGAUAUUUUUUAAGAAUAAAUUUGUGAUACUUGCAUAAAUGAUAUUGUAGUUAUCACCGGCAAAUUUCUCGAACUCGAAGAAAAAAUUUUUAAAAUAUGAAAAUGGAAAUUUUAGCGGUACAACAAUUAUAUCGUCCAUCUGAUUUUACCAGUUUAGGUUCAAAUAAAGUAAAAGAUUGGUCCACAACAACAUUGACACCACCGCUGACGGCAGCAACCAAAGCUGCUACAAAUAUACCCUAUACACACAGUAAUAUAACUAAUAGUAUGAAAACUAGUAUUAACAUCAAUCAUAAAAUGAAUCGUACGGCGGAAGUUCUCAGUAAACACACGUCUCGCAUACGGGCCACAACUACGAUGAAUGCUGCGAAUGCUACGAGGAAGAAGGCCAUAACAUUCUAUAACGGUAACGAUUCAGAUGCGGCGGCCGUUAACGAAUUGUCAUUGCGGUUGCUAAGUGAAUUGAAAUCGGCGAAAUCUCGUCAUCUUUCCUGUACGGAAGUUUCGCUACCUUGUGAUUUGACAACUCGUAUAGCGGCUGAAAUAUUAUGUCUUUCCGAACGUGAGCCUUGCGGUUUAAGGGGAUGCACGAUUUAUAUUGAAUUUGAAGAUGAACCGAAUAAUUCGCGACGCAUAGCUUCGCUUAAAUUGGACAUGGAGACAGUUUCAACAUUUGAAUUAUAUUUAACGUUGCGUCAGGAUCAUCGUGGCUGGGCUGCACUAUUACCGCAUUUUAUGAAAAGUCUUUCGCGUACCAUAACAAUAAGCCCUGAAUUUACUGUGACCAAAAAUAAGCUUUAUUCCCCGUUAGGAAACAAUAAUUAUAGUUAUAACGCUUCGAAAUCGAUAUCGACACGUAUCGCUUAAGUAUUUUAUUUUGUUAUUGUAUAAUUAAAAUUGGGGAAAGAGAGAAAUGGUGAAAAAAUUCUUUGGCCUUUCCAAAUACAUUUCAUGAAUUUAUUUUUUAAUAUAAUUGCUUAAAAUCCUUUCGAUAAGUUACAAGGAGAAACUCUUGAAAUAAUGUGAUACUGGUUUAAGAUUCUAAGUUUAUCAUAAAAUUGUAUUCAAAUUUAAUUUCAUUUUUAUUCGUUUUUAUAGUU